AAUCAUACCGUAGAAAAACAGUUUUUGCUGGUUUGUUCGUUCGCCUCUCUCUCUCUCUCUCAUUCUGUCUCUGAGAAAUUUCUCUGUGCGAGAAGAGGCCGAGGGGAAUGGCGGAGAAUAGAGGGCUUGCGUGCAAAUGCGGGCCCACAAGAGGAAGCUUCUGCCAUGGAUUCACCAGAGAUUCGAGUUUCGAUCACAGCGCCAGAAGAACUCGAAAUUUCAUUCGAAACGUUUCGAUGAUUCCUCUCUUCAGGAGAGGACGCGUAGUCACUAAAUGGCGAUUUGUUGCUGGAAACAGCCGCAUUUUCAGCAUGGAUGCUCGAGAGAGAUCGCGAUCUACAAUAUUGGAAUCAUCAAAACACAAGAGGAUCCCUGUAUUUGUGAUGAUGCCUGUCGAUACAUUUGGCAUUGAUUCUUCUGGGAGUCCAAGGAUCAAGAGAAUCAGAGCCUUAACUGUAUCCCUUAAAGCGCUCAAGCUUGCAGGUGUUCAUGGAAUUGCAGUUGAAGUUUGGUGGGGCAUUGUGGAGCGUUUUUCCCCUUUUGAGUAUAAUUGGUCUCUUUAUGAAGAGCUUUUCAAAUUAAUUUCUAAUUCGGGGUUGAAACUACAUGUUGCUUUGUGUUUCCACUCGAAUAUGCACUCAUCUAGCAGAAAAGAGGGUGUGACUCUUCCAUUAUGGAUUCUAGAGAUUGGGGACCUCAAUAAAGAUAUAUAUUAUCGAGACAAGAAGGGAUUUUCUAAUGAUGAUUAUCUUACACUUGGUGUGGAUCAACUUCCUCUGUUUUGUGGUCGGACUGCUCUUCAAUGCUAUGAAGACUUCAUGCUCAGUUUUGUUAACAAAUUUGAUUCCUUGAUUGGAAGUGUGAUUGAGGAAUUAAGUGUUGGUCUUGGUCCUUCUGGAGAACUUAGAUAUCCUUCGCAUCCUUUUGGUGAUGGGAGGUGGAAGUUCCCCGGAAUUGGUGAAUUCCAGUGUUAUGACAAGUACAUGAUGGAGGACUUGAAGAUGGCUGCAUGUCAAGAAGGAAAGCCUCAAUGGGGAGAAAGGGGGCCACAGAAUGCUGGCUGUUACAAUAGUCUUCCAUCAGGGGUUCCUUUCUUUGAAGAGGGCCAUGAAAGCUUUAUCUCUGAUUAUGGUCAUUUCUUCCUUGAAUGGUAUAGUGGAAGGCUUAUUUGUCAUGCAGAUGCUAUUCUUGCGAAGGCAGCUAGUAUUCUAAGGAAAUACCAAGAAAACAAGCAAACUUCUGUUGUAUUAGUGGCUAAAAUUGGUGGAGUUUAUUGGUGGUACCAGACAGUGUCACACCCUGCUGAACUUACUGCUGGUUAUUAUAAUACUGCUCUAAGAGACGGAUAUGAUCCUGUUGCUUCAGUUCUAUCUCGCCAUGGAGCUGCUUUACAUAUUUCGUAA